UCAGAUUCUGGUCUAUAGUAUCAUUUCAUGUGCAAAUUGUUUUUGACCCAUCCAGAAGCAAGGGAUCGCUUCAACAAUACAAAAGUUCGCAAUUUCAAUUCAUCAUUAAAAUACUCAAGUUCAGUAUAAAAUACUGUCUGUACCAGGUUCUAAAGUAAUGGUAUAAACUUAGCUACUACAAAUAUUGUAUUGAAGAGGAGUUGCAUUCUUCUUUACUCCAGGUUUAUAUGGAGAGAUAACAAGAAUAAUUGAUGAAUAUAAAAAGAAACAGAUGUUCCUGGUACCAUCUGGUACUACCUGAUGCCAAGGUUAAGGUUACUAUGGUAACUCCGAAGACUGGCGGUGGUACUGUAGUAAUACCACUGAGGAUGUAGCCUUUGUCUAGUUAUAGUACAAUGGGACAUCGUGAAGAAAACAAAAUGUUCUUAUUUUACAUAACGUGGUGAAGAAUUUGUAUCAUCUUUUCAUUCUCUAAUAAUUCAGGUAUUGAAUUCAGUUCAUGUUAAAUCCAUAGGCGUUCAAGUACUAUGCAUCCAUGGUAAACCUAUCAAACUAUACUUAGCGGGAGUGAAUAUUUUUACCAUGAGGAAGGAAAUCCAAGUUUCCUGUAUAACCAUUGUGCUGGAAACAGUCUACCAACCACUACCAACACAAUGUUAAGCUUGCAUUAUGCCUAUAUUUCAACCAGAAUAGAUUGAUUUGAAUCAGUUAUCAAAAUGGUGUACUUAAUAAGUAUUUGGCUGUUAGUUGUCAUAGCAACUUUUCAACUAGGCUUGGCUACACAUUUACCGAGGCGUGGGUACGUUACACAUUGCGAGAUUCAGAUACACAAUGCAGAAAAACUUACAGCAGCCUUCGAGAAGCGCACCAAAUUCAUUCAUGUGAAAUUAAACUUUGGCGAGAAAAUCAAUUUACAGGAUAAUACUUCUGACGUAGUGGAUGCGUAUCACUGGGUUUGGGUCGUGGGAAGUAAGGGCAAGUUCCUUCUAAGCCUUCCGUUUGACUUUCCAUCCCUCUCCCUGGGAACAUUAAGCCUCAGGUUGGACACUGUACGGCUGAAUGCAAGUUUACCACCAGACUCGGAUUGUUUCAAAACAUCAUCGGACAGCGACAAACUUGCUUUCAUAGCAAAAGCGUUGCUGGCAACUGCGAAUGAACUGAUAUUGCGUGAGUCAGAAGUGUGCUUAGAGAAACACGAUCGAGAGAGCACAAUGUAUACAUACUAUAAUGUACUACAAGGACAGAUGUUGUACGAGUGUUGGAACCAUCAGGAUGAUUAUCCCACAACUAAAUCACGUUCUGUGCGCCCUUGGAUGAAAACUAUUCUGUUACUAGCUUUUAUAGUCUCAUUAUAUUUCCCACUUCUGCUGAAAUUUUUUAUGCGUUCUCAUCCCGAGAGUAAAAUCUAUCAAGGGAGAUCGGUAGAGUACUUGAGCUUCCUGACUGACAUACCAACUGGACCCAAGUACUGGCUGUUUUUCAAAGGUAAUUCAAAUAACUACAUAUACAUUGCACGUUGUUUAAUUUAUCUCUUCCUGUUCAUCCUCCUCCAGUUUCUACCGUACAUAAUAGCGUUCGUCACAGACAAAGAGGACUUCUACUUGCGGUGGGAAGCUGUUGUGCAAAAUGGUAAUUCAGCAGUGGUUCACUGCAUUGUGUGGUACGUGCUAUCCAACAGCAUCUUCACCUUAUUUGUGGUUGGCAUGAUAAUCACACUGAAUUGGAAAAGUGAUUGGUUUGAGAGAAUCUUCAUAGAAGAUAGUUAUGAUCGUACACGCAUAUCCUUGGAUUUAUUUGAUCUUCCGGAUGCUUUAAAAAUCCCAAAUGAUCCAUAUUCUGGAUUAAAGCGAUUUUUUUAUGUUCUUCAAGCACGGGCGGAAAUGCUUGUUAGAGUGGAACUCUGGGAGUCGGGAUACUAUGGGAUUAAAAUAUUCUACAAGUUCUUUAAAAUUAAGCUAGGUAAAGGCUGGUCGGUUUUCAUCAUUGUAACAUGUUUUCUACCGUACUGUGUGGUAUUUUUACUAAUCGUCUCACUGAAUUGCAUUCCAUUCCUCUACUGCUUCAUGCGAAUGUUUCAAGUCUGGCUCACCAGUACGCAAAUUUCAAAAUCUCUUCAACUAAUGUUGCUAUGGAUACUUUUUAUCUUCGUUGAAGUCAUCCUACUAGGGAAGUGCAUCACUAUUAUGUUGUACCUGAUAGAAAUCAUAGGCUAUACGUUCACAGGUAUGAUCAUAAAUGCCGGUGCUCUCAGUAAAUUCUACGUUUUCAUAAUAGGAAUCGUUGCUUACAUCUUAAGUGUCUUGAACAGUUACACAGCUGAGUAUUCAAAUCUUUUAUUCACAAUAAUAGAAAUUGCGAAGAAGGUUUUAGACAAGAACUUGACUGAAGUUGAAACAAAUAAAAAUGAAGAUCGGGUAAAUAGAAAUUUCAUUCGGAUGGAUUCGCAAGUGAUUUGCACAAACCAAUCAUAUCCACUGUUCAAUAGGAGUAUGAUGUUAAAUCCUCCACCAGCUGUCAUGCUCAACUCGCGGAAUUUUGUGUCUGUGCAGCAGGAAGUCUUUGAGUACAUUGCUCAGAAGUACAAACCAUUUUCAGUCGAAAUAACAUUAAGAAUCUUAAGAGUAGUACUAUACUUAAUAACGCUAGUGCUUGGCUUUUCUUUACUGUGCGUGGUCAAUAGCUUUGAGCACCUCACAGUUGUUCAGAAUCUGUUUGCAUCUGCUGGAAUUGUCUGCACUUUUCCCAUUCUCUGUUUAAUGUUACAAUCUAAACAAUCGUGUCUCAAUCAGGAAGCCAUCAUGCGGCACAUGAUACUACGAGACAUUGAAUCAUUUAUGAAGGAUGAUGCUAAUUAAACAUACAUCAUGUUAUAAACAUUAAGCAUUUAAAAUGUGUUAUACGGUACUCACUGGCUAUGACACAGUAGAUAAGUAAAUCAAGCCGUAUUGACGUUCCAUCUGCAUUAUGAAGAGGUACAGUAGGCUGACAUGCAAUGCUCAACAAGGAGCUGGCAAAGACAAAAAAUAAAUAAAUAAAUAAAAAAUUGUCACAUUUCAAAACACAAGGUAAAGGGUUGGUUCUCAAUGAAACAAUUUCUUUACAAUGUGGUGAGCCCUAAUUACCUAUGUGAGCCCCAGUAAUUUUUGCAAGGGUCGCAGACUCAAUAUAUUGUAAAUAAACAAGUACUGUAUAUAAAUUUUGUUAUGUUGAUUUACAGUAUUGAAUGUCUAUGUCCUAUACUGCCUUACUGAAUUAUGUUUACUUAGGUAUCCACAUGGGAUUCGGUCAUCAGGAAAUGUGUGGUGUUGUAUUUUUUUUUUUCACUUUUGUGCAGUAAUAAGUAAUGACUAAUCAUGCACAUCCAUCGGAUUUACCCUUUCAGCCAUCUUUAACUGCCAGACGACUAUCUCUUUGCCCCCGAGGGGGCAUAGACAAAAAAAAAACCACAUUUAAUCCCAGAAAAGGCAUUUCUGUAGAAAUGACUUCAGACAUUGUUUGAAAAAAAUAUAAAACAAUUGAAUUGGUAGCAGGUAGUGUCACCCUAUUCAAUUAUGUUUACAGGUACAGUAACAGUACUCUGCUGCAAGUACUGUAGUUCUUAUCUUAGACAAAACUUUUGUUUUUAUAAUUAAAAAAAAAAUAAGGCGUUGGCCCGGGCCGGCCGGCAUGGCCGCUUGAAUCCGCCACUGAAUAGUGCUAUACAAAUGCUACAACAUACGUGUAUAUUAUAUGGAAAAAAAAAACAAUUAAAAGCUGGAUGUAUAUGUA